UCUCUCUCUCUCUGAAUGCCAUACCUUAGUGACCAAUGUUAAGCUCAAAGGCCACCCCCUCCUCUCUCUAAAAAUGCCAUUGAUUAAUGUUCAAUUCAAAGCUUUUUCCUCCCUGCAUCUCUCUCUCUAAAUGCAAUUCUCUAAUGACCAAUAACCUCUCUAUAUGAUCGAAACGCCCACACUCUCUCUCUCCCUAAUACCAUUCCCUCUCUUUCUAACUACCAUUUAUUUCUAAAUGAUGAUUGUGUUCAUCUCAAAGCUCUUUUGCUACCUCUUUCUCGAGUAUUUAAGCUCUUCUCUUCAUUGUUAUUUAAGUUCUUUUUCUCUCUUUAAAUUGUGUUUGUUUGGGGGAAUUUAGUUCUUUAAAAUAAAUAAGUCAUUUAGCGUUGAGUCAAAAAAGAAAAGAAAAGGUCAUUUAGCAUUGUAGCAAUCCUGUUUUGGGCGCACAAGAAAAACUACAGUAUCGGGAAUUUACUGGAAGAUUUUUUUCCCUCAAGUAUCUUAUUUUUUACUUUAAAAAAAAAGUAACUUUUUUAUAGUGACUUGUAUUUUGAAGUUAUUUGUGCCCAAGACCCAAUACGUUUCCCUGUCUCCCAUCUCAGCCCUACUCGCCAUCUUCCCCCUGACUUCGACUCGCAGCUCACUGUACUGCCUUCAAUCCCCCAUCCCAACUCGCAGCUCAGUGCCCUAGACCUUGCCACUGCCUGCAAGCUCCCAUCCGUCAGUGUCCUAGACCUGGCCACUGCCUUCAAGCUCCCAUCCCGCAGGUCGCAAGCCUUAGCCCGGUCUUCUUCUCUCUAGCGUCUGCGACCAGGAGUGAAGCUCUGAGUGGAUUUCUAGGGCAGCACCGCGGAACUUCAUCAUCCCACCCCGUGUUAAGAGUACAUGUGAACAUUUGGUGAACACUAUUUUGACAAGGCAAGAAGGACAGGGAGGUGGCUGCUGCUGCUCAGGCAAGGAAGGACAGGGAGUGAUGCACGUGGAUAGUUGAAGCCAUGUCGAAGGGGGAAGAAAUAGGUGUUGAUGUCUUCCUAAAGGCAUCUCGGACAUUAUGUUUGGUUGUUUGCUUUUUGGAUGGUUGGACAAGCUUUAAUUUCACUGUCUACUAUGUUCGUUAGUUUACUUCAAUUUGUUUGUUUUCUUGUGGGAUGAUCCUGAUAUUAAUGACAACAAUCUCUCACAACACUAUGGACCCCCUAACACUUUGAAAACUGUAGUAUUUGGGAAAAGUGGACAUAGAAGGUUCAAAAGCAAGGGAAAAGUAUUUGACAAUUCUCUCUCUCCACAGAGCAUCCCGUGAGGACCAAGAAGCUCUCUCUAUGAAAUGCCCCAAAGAAAUAUACACACCAUCCCAUGAGGACCAAGAACCUCUUCCUAUGAAAUGCCCCAAAGAAACUACCCUCCACUAAAACCCCUCCUAAACCUCCCAACGAAAAUUAGGCCUUUCUCCUCCUUUUCUUCUUCUUCCCAACUCUUCUACCCAGUUUUUCUCAGAGAAGAAGAGGCCUUCUUCUCCAACCAAAGCAUCAUAGACCAAGGCUCUCUCCCAAAAGCUUCCUUCCCAUGUGACCAUAUAAGAACCAGAGAUACAAUAACAUGGAAUCAAGUUAUUUCAGGUCUAGGACGCUAUGGCUGCUCAUCCGAAGCUCUGCAACUUUAUCGAGAAAUGACCCAUCGUGGCCUAAAUGGCAGCUCCUCCACGUUUAGUAGCCUUCUCAGCAUCUGCGCCAGCAAUGGUGCCUUGAUUGAAGGCAUGGAGCUUCACUCCAAGACUGUGAUUCUUGGGUUUGAGUCCAAUUCUUAUGUAGGCUCCUCUUUGAUCACUCUUUAUGCACAGUGUGGAAGAUUUGAAGAGGCUCGCACGCUUCUCGAGCUCUUGGAAGAGAGGAGCUUGGCCUCCUUUAAUGGCGUUUUGAAAGGUUACAGUGAAUGGGGUUUUGGCCUGGAGUUGAAGGAGCUGUUUUUUGAGAUGAGAGAGGGAGGAAUUGAGGCUAACUCUGUGAGUUUCUCUUACUUGAUUCAGGGGUUUGGGAGAGCAGGGUUGCUAUGCCAUGGAAGAGAGCUCCACUGCCACAUGAUCAAGCUUGGGCUUGCAACAUCGAACAUAUUUGUGAUGAAUUCUCUUGUGGAUAUGUAUUGUUCUUGCGGGGUUUUAUCAGAGGCUCUGCAUCUUUUCAAACUAAUUCCAGCCAUGGAUGUUUUGUCAUGGAGUUCAAUUGUUUCAGUGUUUGCAGAGCAUGGAGAUAUCGUACCCUCCAUAAAAUAUCUCUAUGAAAUGCUAUGGUGGGGGAAGAGACCUUCUCUGUCUACUUUUCCCAAGCUUCUGAACCAGUGUAGUAGCCUGAAACUCUUUUUGAAAGGGAAACAAAUUCAUGGGUUGCUUCUAAAACUAGGGUUAAAUGGCUCUGAUUAUGUGAGGUCUUCUCUGAUAGAUAUGUAUGGGAAUAGCAGAGACAUCGAAAGCUCUUUAAACGUGUUUGAUGAAAUUCAUGAUAGAAACUUGGUUUCUUGGAACUCUGUGAUCUGUGCCUUGUCAGAGUGUGGGUUUGCUUUGGAAGCCAUUAGAGCUUUCAAAACAAUGGUGCUUGAAAACAUAAGACCAGAUGAAAUUUCUCUCUCUAAAAUUCUCAAAGCUUGUGCUUCCAUGGCAAGCUUGAACAUGAAUGAACAGUUCCAUACCCAAGUCAUAAAAAAUGGUUUUGAAUCAAAUUUAGUGGUCUCCACCUCUCUUAUUGAUUCCUAUGCAAAAUUUGGUGAGAUUGAACUAGCUCACCUUAUUUUUUAUCAAAUUCAGGCACCCACCACUACCUCUUUAACUGCAUUUAUUUCGGCAUGUGCUCGAAAUGGGUUCGAGAGAGAGAGCCUGAAAUUGUUUGAUCUCAUGUUAGUGAAAGGACUGAAACCAGACAGCGUAACGUUUCUCUCUCUACUUUCUGGGUGUAGCCAUGGAGGCCUAAUUGAAGAGGGGAAGAGGAUAUUCGAAACAAUGGAAAAGAAUCAUGGCAUAAUUCCUGAUAUUCGCCAUUAUUCAUGCAUGGUUGAUCUUCUUGGAAGAGGAGGGCUUCUAAAUGAAGCAGAGGAAUUACUAAAAGCUUCACCAUUUGGGGUGAAUUCAACAAUGGUGAGCUCACUGCUGAGAAGUUGCAGAAUUCAUGGGAAUUUGAAGAUGGGUAGACGAGUCGCGGAGGCAUUAAUGGAGCUGGAACCUGAAUUGGCAGCAAGUUAUUUGCAGGCUUUGAAUAUGUUUAGUGAGACUGAGAGUUUUACUGAUUCAUUAGAGAUUAGAGAGAUGAUGAAAGAGAAGAAGUUUGAGAGGGAGCCUGGGUAUAGCUUAUAUAUAAUGUGAGAAUGAGAUAUUUUAGUUGGCAGUCAUGUCUUUUUUUAUUGAGAGAAAGGAAAUCUUGUGGAUUGCUACGGAUGUUAAGAGAGAUGAUGAGAGAGAGAAGGUCAAAGGAGUGCAUGUAUACAUCUUAGUUAGCCUUCAUUUUUGGUCAAAGUGCUGAUGGUCUUAACAACCAGUGAAGGAGUUUAAAGCAGAUAUUGGAAAGCUGAUGAAGGCAGAGAAUGCCUGAAUAUUUGUGAAAGAAUGAUCUAAAGAGUUAUGAAAAAUACUUGAGAGAUGAUAAGAGAGAAGAUCAAGAGAGUGCAAGUAUAGAUGAUGAGAGAGAAAUUAAUUUGCCCUGAGUUUUGGCUCAGUCCAGAUUACCUUUCACAAUUAGUGAAAGGGAGACUUGAGCAGAUAUUAGAGUUGAGGGAAAAUAGAAAUCAAAAGUGUGCGAGGUUAAAUCUUUUGCAAUCACUGAAAAUGUGGUAAAAGUUUAGAAAGAGAAGGUCAAAUUAUGACUGGGUACACAGAUUAAUUUAGCUUGAAUGCUUGUUCGGUGCUGAUGACAUUCCCAACUGGGAAUAGAGUAAAUUUUUUGUAGAUGAUAGUGUAAUAAUUACAGAGAGAAAGGUCAAAAGAGUGCAAUGAUGCAACUUAAUUUAGCUUUAAAUGGCUGGUUCAAUGGUGAUCAUGUCUCUCUUGUGAGAGGGAAUUCUCAGCAGGUAGCACAGAAUUGACGAGAGAGGAGCGGGUCAAGAGAGGACAUGGCACAACUUGUGCGAUGGGUAGAUUUGAGCAGACAUUAGAGUGAUCAGUGAUCAGGAGGGAGAAAUAGAUCAAAUGAAUGCAAAGUUAUGACUUUAUUUGGUUUGAAUGUAAACUCAAUGCUAAUAGUGAGAUCGAGAUUUUUGCAAAUGUAACAGAUGUGAGAGAAAUUGACGAGAUACCGUCAAAAGGGUACAUGGGUGCAGCUCAAUUUAGACUUGAUUUAAGCCUGAGGCAGGCUUUUCAUGAGACCUGAGAAAAGCAUCUCUUUCUCAGGGUUUGUCUUGACAUGGAAAGACAUCCUUUGUCCAGACCUCAAGCAAACUGGGAGGAUUCUUUUACUCUUUCUCCUCCACUCAAUCUCUUGAAUCGCCUCGAAGUUAUACUGAUCCCCUUUUCCCAUUUUCGCAAGACCGGUUCUUUCAAAUCUGAGAUUCAAACCUUUAUUCUUGCCCCCUAAGGUGACAAGUCCAUUUGGUUGUCAAACCCUACUACUAGAGUAGUGCAAGGCUUUAGCUGGAGUGGGUUUUCUUGUCACAAGGAAUGGAUCCAGUCUAUCAAUCCAUUCAGGUUCUUGUGGAAGGUCGCUAGAAUUCAUUUGUUGGAGGCACAAGGAAGCUUUUCCAUCUACUGUGGAACAAUAUCGGGUGAGGUUCGGAGUACUCUUUAGUCGAGGAUACUUCUUUAAUUUCUGGGUUGUUUGUAUAACCGAGAUAUAGAAGGCGAGUUCUAACCAUGGUGAAGAUAACUGUCAGUUUACUGGUAGUGAAAGAAGUUUCCAUGUGCUUUGGAAGUUUAAAGCACUCAUCUCUGAGAUUUGAAAAUUAAAUCCAGAAAAAAUAUGAAGAUUUUAGACAUAUGUUCCCUUUGGUCGUGGAAAACUGAAAUCUCUAUGGGCAAGUUUGUUUCACGCGAAA